AUGGAAGAGGACCAUAAUCAAGAUCAAAAUAACCAGGUUUCCCUUAAAAUAGGGCUUAUUGGUGACUCCCAAAUUGGUAAAACUUCAUUAAUGGUGAAAUACGUCGAAGGAUCAUUUGACGAAGAUUACAUUCAGACAUUAGGACUUAAUUUCAUGGAGAAGAAAAUCCAAAUAAAAAACACCGCCAUAACCUUCAGUAUUUGGGAUUUAGGUGGUCAAAAAGAAUUCAUUAAUAUGUUACCAUUAGUUUCAAACGAUGCAGUUGCAAUCUUAUUCAUGUUUGAUUUAACCCGAAAAUCAACUUUGAAUUCAAUUAAAGAAUGGUACCGUCAAGUAAGGGGAUUCAAUAAAACAGCCAUACCUUUCUUGGUGGGUACUAAAUAUGACCAAUUCAUUGACUUACCCUAUCAAGAUCAAAUAGAAAUCACUCAACAAGCUAAAAAAUUCGGAAAUGCCAUGAAAUCACCAGUGAUAUUCUGCUCAACCUCUCAUUCAAUCAAUGUCCAAAAAAUCUUCAAAGUCAUAUUAUCAAAAGCUUUUGAAUUACGAUUAAAUCUAGAAGAAAUCGUUAACACUGGUGAACCGAUUUUGAUUUUUAAAUAA